UACGUUGCUUUUGUUUUCAGUACACAGCCAUCCAGACGGAGCACUGCAUCCUAAUUACCCAAGCUGAAGGACAGAGGCCAUCUCCUCGCCUCCUUAGCUGGAAGAACUGUCUCGUGACAGACGCCCUUCAAGCCCAAACCUUCAUCCCUCUCUCAUCGUUCUCUUUCUCUCCAUCCUUUCAUUUUGGAGAUGUGUGUGCAGCGCGGCUGAGAGCCGUCUCUCUGAUUUCCCCAGAGACGCCGAUGAGUCAGAGAGCGAAGCGCAGACCUGCCGGAGCGUGGAAAGCAGAGAUGGUGCCGUGCAUGCGAGCAGUCAGACAGCCAGUGAGUCUGUGCGUGAUCGUGGGAGACUCGCAUCAGCUCACUGCCCACUCCACGCCCCCGCAGAGUCUCCCAAACUCUCGGUCGCAGGAGGAGAGAUGAUGUGGGGGAUGUAAGACACGGGGAUCAGCAGACAGCAGCUGGAUUCUCGGGCGAAAACCAGCCGCUCUGAUGGAGUGAAGACAGCAGAUACACGGUUGACCAGAAUCUGAGCCGGGAUGUGCAGACAGUGCUGAGGCCGGAGGACGGGAGAGUGGAGGAUUCUGGGAUUCUUGAGGUGGAGAGCGUGACAUCAUGGGUGAUGGAGGGGCCUUGCGCACGGAGGGCAAUGCCCUUCUGAAAGCUGUGUUCCAGGGCAAACUCCGCCUCGCACGCCUCCUCCUGGAGGGUGGAGCCUAUAUCAACGAAGGGAACGAGCGAGGAGAGACGCCCAUCAUAGCAGCCUGUCUGGCAGGAUACGAUGAUCCGCAGACCCGGCAGAGAAUGGUGCGAUACCUGCUGGAGAAGGGAGCAGACCCAAACAUUCCCGACAAAUCGGGUCGGACCGCCCUUAUGCAUGCAUGUGCAGAACAGGGAGGCAAAGAGGUGGUGUCGCUGCUGCUGGAAAACGGCGCUGAUCCCAGCUUGAAAGACUACUCCGGGUCCUCUGCACUUGUACACGCCAUCAAUAAGGGUGACCGGGACACUCUCCAGGUCCUGCUGGAUGCCUGCAAAGCCAAAGGCAAAGAGGUAAUCAUCAUUACAACCGAUACAUCACCCUCUGGCACUAAAAAGACCAAACAAUACCUGAACUCUCCACCGUCUCCGGGUAUAGUGGACAAUCUCUCCCCUGCUUGUAUGUCUCCGUCCGAAGUGGAGAUCCACACCACUGGCCCUGCCCCCAGUAAGGAAGAGGAAGGUAUCUUCAGCUUCGCUGUGACUUUAGCACUCCCAGUACCUUCCAGCAGACCACAGGGGGAGAGGAGACCACCGCCCCGCAAGCUUCUGAAAAGACUGAACUCGGAGCCCUGGGGUCUGGUGGCUCCUUCCGUACUUGCUGAGAGAGCAGAGCGGAUAGAGGGCGAUUUAGCAGAGGAGGACAAGUUGGUCUCAGAGAUGAAUGGGAUGACAGUUUCCGGUCCAGGCAGACCUCUCCUGUCGCGAAGGCACAGUAUAGAGACCCAUGACCCAUCUUCGCCGAAGCUAAUGGACAGGUCCUGUUCGGAAGACUGUGCAGCACUGUGUGGCUCGUCCUGGGCGGAUAAAGUCCAUCAGCACCAGUCACUGUAUCGUAGAAACACGGCCCCUGAGACUCAGGACAAUGUGGCUCAGGCAUCGGCGGGAAUCCGUGGCUUGCCACACCCCAAACUCACCCGCAUGGAACACUACGAGUCGGACACUCACCUGUGUCCUGCCUCCAUCCCUGGAUCUCCAGAUUCUGGACGUGUCUCAGUGGAGCGCCGCAAGUACAAUGCCUCUCCCUUGUCGCUCCUCACUAGCUCUUCUCGAGAGUCUCUGGAAAGCAUUCCCAACUCUGUGUCUCCCAUCACAAUGCGACGGCGUCCAACAGGACUGUUGGAACGGCGGGGAUCAGGGACUCUCCUCCUGGACCACAUCUCCCACACACGACCUGGGUUCCUUCCUCCUCUCAACGUCAACCCCCAGCGACCCAUUCCUGAUAUCCGAGCUAACGGAAAACCCACUUCUCCUGUUCACUCAGGGAGCAAGAUCCUGCUGCCGGUUGCACCAUCAUCUCCAAAACGUGGUCCUGACUUCAAGAUGAAGAAGAAACUGAUGAGGAGACAUUCGAUGCAGACAGAGCAGAUGAAGCAGCUUUCAACCUUCCGUGAAAUCCUCACAGAAAAGGUUAUGGAGAUGAAUGGAGAUUGAGACCAAGAGAGAAAGAGAAUGGGAGAGAGUCAGUGCUGGCCGAGAGGCUCCUCGCCGGGUUCAUCUACAUCUUCUUUGAGGCACACCUGCUCUGGUCCAGUUCAGCUCAUUUAAAACAAAAUACAUACAUCAAAGAUAUGCAUUGUGAACACAAAACAAUCUUAAAAUUCAGAUUAUGAAAGAAAAUGAGUCAUGGUAACUUAAGAUCAUAAAGGGAUCAGUUACAACAAAUGAUCUGUUCCAUGUUUUUCAUUGGAUUCUAAUGUUAUUUAGGAUUAUUCAUUGACCAUCAAGAAUGUGUGAAAAUGAAACCAUUAGUGUCUGUGGAAGUGCUUUUGGUGUUUGAAUUUGCUGCAAGCCCCAGAUGAGACCUCACAGAUUUGGUGUUCUACAGGUUUCUCUAUGUAUUAGCGCUGUUAUGGCUAUCAGCUUCCUUCCUGUACUGUCAUGCACUGUCAGAAUACAUUUCAAAAAAUUUAUUUUUAGGGGUACAACAGCUUGUCAACGGGGCAGUACCAGUUCCAAAUUUGGAUGUAUAUUAAGGGACAAUAAUUGGUAUGUACUUUAUAUACCCCUAAAGGGUGAAUAUUAGUACUUUAGAGUAGUAUUAUGUACCCUUAAGGUACUACUAUGAAACUUUUAGGACUAAAUAAGGUACAAAGAUGACCCAUUAAAGGUUCUGCUACAGUGACAAGCUGCCAUGCCCAUAAAUGUACAUUUUUUUGCACUUUUUUUCUGAGAGUGUGGCUCUGUGAUGAUCCUGUGGAAUAAUUGGGUUAAUGUCUUUAAUAUUCCUGAUAAAAUGCAUCAAGUGAAGUUAAAAAUCUCAAAGGCU